AUGGCACACCCCGCUAUAUGGCAGGUACAAGCGCUGCAACGCAUCGACCCUAACCUCUCUCUUGUGGACCCCCAAACUGCGCAGCCCACUUGUUCGCAGCCUCCUGGCCCACCAGAAAAAAAGAGAAAGAAGCAACAAGAGUUUUUGAAGUCACAAGCCAAUGCUAUUCUAAAGUUCAUCAAGAAGAAACCCGAAAAAUCCGAAUUAGUUUUCGAUUCUCGAAAAAACGACAGUGAAGAUGUUAUUGGACAGAACAAUGUGGUUCCUGAAAAUUUGGAUGAAUGUAAAGACAAUGAUGAGCAAAAACAGGUUGUGGAUCAAAGCGUGGGAAGUGGGGAGAAGAAGAAACAUAUAUGUGAAGAUAUUGGUAAGAGCAAUGUUGUUCGUGAAACUUUGGAUGAACGUAAAGAGAAUGAUGUGCAAAAAAAGGUUGUGAAUCGAAGCGAGGGAAGUGAAGAGAAGAAGAAACAUAUAUGUGAAGAUCUUUCUGAUCCUGGAAAUUGGGGAAACAUUGAUAUGAAAAUGAGAGAUUUAUUGGUUAAAAACGGUCCAGCGACAAGGCUAUCGACUGAUUAUCAGUUUCCUAAGGAUGGUAUUGGUAGACGUUUCUCGCAAGCUUUCUACACAAGAGAAAUGGUCAAUGGAGAAAAAGUAGACCGUCGAUGGUUGGUUUACUCCGAAGCUUUAGAUAGAGUUUUCUAUUUUUGCUGUAAGUUGUUCAGACACGAGAAAAACUGCGGUUGUAACUUGGCAACAACGGGGUACAAUGACUGGAGUAAUCUUUCGACUAGGCUCAAAGAACAUGAAAAGUUAUAUGGUCAUAUUGUUUGCAUGACUCAGUGGAAAGAAUUGGGAAUAAGACUAGAAAAGAAUCAGACAAUUAAUAAGCUGAUUAAGUUGUAG